AUGGCGCCGCCAAAUCUGCCCCUCAUCUACCGGCUCACCUUCCUCUACAUCGAACCCUGCGUCGCCCUUGCAGGUGUCUACGUAGCCCUCUUCGACCCAGUAUACCUCCUCCGGGUGAUUGCACCUACAGCAACUUAUGACGCAAGCAUGAGAAUGCUGUUCGAGCAGCUCGCUGGAUCCUGGCUCACCCUGUCGUUCGUGUUGGCCGUCUUGGGGCGGCAGGUCACGGAUUGGAGGAUUUUCAGGCUGGUGGUCAUGACCGUUCUCGUCAGUGAUGUGGCGAACUGUAUUAGUAUCGUGCGGACGCUGGGGAUGGGAACGAUUUUGGAUGCUAAGGUUUGGAGGUUGGAUGAUUGGGUUAAUGUGGUUUCUAGUUUUCCACCUGUGGUAGUUAAGGUUGCGCUGUUGAUGGGGGUUGGGAUCGACGAGGGCAAGAUGGGGAAGCUGGCGUGA